AUGAGCUUCACCACUCUCUCGCCCGUGGCCCCCGAGCCUCCAUCCCCGAUGGUGACCUCCGUCACCCCGACCCUGGACCGCUCCACCUCCACCUGCUCCACCUCCGUCUCCAGGGACGGGGCCUCGCCGCCCGGCCCGGGCCCCAGCCGGUGUGACCUCACCGGGGGAGGAGCUGACCCCUGCCACAGGUCAAAUAAACCUCCGCCGCUCCACGCCGGAGCCGACUGGAAGGUAGUGCUCCACCUGCCGGAGAUUGAGACGUGGCUGAGGGUGACCGGCGACCGCGUCGCGCAGCUCACGCACUCCGCCGGCCAGGACGACACCAACCGCCACGUGGAUGUCCACCUGGUGCAGCUCAAGGACGUCUGUGAGGACAUUUCGGACCAUGUGGAGCAGAUCCACGCCCUGCUGGAGACAGAGUUCUCCCUGAAGCUUCUGUCCUACUCCGUCAACAUCAUCGUUGACAUCAGGACGGUGCAGCUGCUGUGGCACCAGCUGAGGGUCUCGGUCCUGGUCCUGAAGGAGCGACUACUGCAAGGCCUCCAGGACUCCAACGGGAACUACACCCGGCAGACCGACAUCCUGCAGGACUUCGGCCAGGACCAGCAGCAGACUCGCCUGGACGCCCUGACGGAGGUGGACGACUGCGGCCAGCUGACCAUCCGCUGCAGCCAGGACUACUUCUCCUUGGACUGCGGCAUCACCGCCUACGAGCUGAGUGACUACAGCCCCGGUGACGAGGCCGAGGCGCCGGGAUACCAGCGCGUAGACGAGGACGAGGACGACCGAGAGCUCAGGGGCCCAAAUCCAGAGCCGGCAUCAGAGGAGGAGGGCGAAGGAGUCCGCCUCUCCAACCACGAGCACCACAGCAGUUUACCAGAACUCGCCGCCAACCUCAACUGCUCUCCCUCGGCGGUACCCACGAUGCAGUGCGGCACGCCCAACCCCGGCGAGAGUGCGAAGCGCCCCCUGCAGGGCGUGAGCCACAGCGCAGAGGUGUCGCCCACGCAGCCGUCGCUCCCCAAGAGGGCCGCGCUGCUCUCGGAGGGCAGGCCGGGGGACUCGAGGGGCGACCCGCUCGCCGGGCUCCAGUUUCAGGCCGAGCUGAGUCGCAGCACCCCGUCUCUCGUGAAUCCUCCAGACCGCUCCAAGUUCUGGUUGGAGCUGGACUCGGUUUACCCGGAGAACGUGUCGCAGUCCCACGAGAGUCUGCAGAUCAUGAACAGACGGAACCUCCAGAGGAACCACGCGGGCUCCAAGCGGAGCCUCCAGGGGGCGCCGGGUGACCCGCGUAGCGCCGCCCCACCGCCUCCCCAAGACCACGCCUCUCGGAGGGAGACACGCCCACACAGCGAGGGGGACUCUGACUCCUCGGUGCCCUCCCCCAUGAGGGAGCGGUUCCUCUCCUCCGACCUGGAGGCGUCUGGAGAGGAGUCGGACCUCCGGCCGCGACCCGGCAAGACGGCGGUCUGGAUCGUGCGGCGCCAGAAGGGCGCCCGGGUUUCUCCCAGAACCAGCCCGGACCGGGAGCACUGGUACGGGUCGGAGGAGUUCCUGGCGCUGCCCGCUCAGCUGCGUAAGACGGAGAUGCUCGCCAUGAAGCUGGAGAGCCUGGCCCAGUCCAUCCCUCUGAGGCCCGACGACUGUGAUUCUACCCAGGAUGCUUUGCAGGACGUAGACGACUGGGACGUGACGGACUGGGACGCCGGGGAGAGCGGCGACGAAAUGCCGUCUGUUCUGCCUCCGCUGCUCCCUUACAGACGGAACCUGCUGAGCCGCUUUAGCUCCUCCUCCUCCGGCGACUUCGCUCCCUCGUUGGAUGAAAGCGUCGAGUCCGGUCCGUUGAGCGGCCUGCAGUCCGAAGACGAUGACGGGGGGAGGUCGGCGGCGGUGGCGGUAGCCGCCACAGCGCCCCCGGUGGAUGCGCGUGGAAGUGCAACGAUGGUGCAGCAGCUGCUGGAGGACAUUCAGAGUCAGGACGACGACCCGGACAUCUGGAGGAAGAUAGAGUGUUUCGUGCAGCAGUUGGACGGGUUCAUCUCGUGGCUGCAGCAGGCAUUGGACAGCACAGACAACUGGACGCAGCCCAGACAGGAGCUGGACAGCCUUAGGGCGUACCUGGACACACACCUGAGCUUCAAGCUCGACGUGGACGCUCACGCCGCUCUGAAGGAGAGCGUGAUGGAGGAAGGCCGAGCACUGCUCGUCAUCAUCACCUCCCACCAAUCAGGUCUGAAGGAGAUCCUCCACAUGGUCUCCAGCCAAUGGGAUCAGCUCCAGCGGCAGAUCCGGCGCCAACACGGCUGGAUGCUGCGCGCCCUCCGCUGCGUCCAGGCCCGCCUCCUCUACGCCGGCCAAUCACACGAGCCCCUUGCGGCACAGCCGGACACGUCGGCCAAUCGGACGGCUCCGUGCCCUCCGGACGACAUCAAGGCUGAGCUGAUCCCGGGUCAGUGUGAAACCCAGAGAGCCGCCCUGGCGGAGCAGAUGGCCGCGAAGCUGAGCAGCCUGCACUACCCCUCGUCGGCCAGCAGGAGACACUGCAGUCAGCUGGCGAGGAACAACAGUCUUCAGGAGUUUGAAGCUGAGUACCAGGAGCUCUGGGAUUGGCUGAUGGACAUGGACGCCAUGGUAACGGACAGUCACCAGCUGAUGAUGUCAGAGGAGCAGCGACAUUACCUCUUCAAGUCCAGCCACGCAGAGCUCUCGGCCAUGGAGAGCCGGAGGACCAGCCUGUUGGGCCGGGCCGAGUCUCUGAAGAGGAGCGGCGCCGAGCUGCCCGACCACUUCCACCGCAACGUGCACAACCUGACGCACACGUGGAGGCAGCUGGAGAAGAUCCUCUCGGAGCAUUCUCCAACGGGCUCGUCCUGCCGGCGCAAUCGGUCGGCGGGCCCGACCUCCUCGCCGACGGGUGGCGGCCCCGAGGACCCCCGCUCGGCCCUCUCGCCGCUCACCAACUCGCUGCUGGUCCAGCUGGAGGCUCGCAUCAAGGAGCUGAAGGCCUGGCUGAGGGACACGGAGCUCCUCAUCUUCAACUCCUGCCUGGGCCGAGGCCACGACGCCUCGCAGCAGCUGCUCAGCUUCAAGUCUCUGAGUACCGAGGUGCGAGCUCGACGCCGAGGAGUGGCCUCAGUUCUGAAGCUGUGCCAGAAGCUGCUGCAGCAGAGCCAGUCGGGCCCCAUGGCGGAGGUGGGUCCAGAGGCGGAGCAGCACCGGGAGGCCCUGCAGCUGCUGUCCAUCAACCUGGAGAGGCGGUGGGAGGCGAUCGUGAUGCAGGCGCUGCAGUGGCAGAACCGGCUGAAGCGCGAGCUGGGAGAGAAGCAGGUUCUUGGCAGCGCUCUGGAACCGGGUCUUGUGGACCUCCACCAGACCAGCCCGGCGCCGGCCGACGACUCCUGGGAGUGGGACGAGACCGACAUGGCCAUCACAGAAGCUCCAGAACCCGACCUCACGCUCCUCCUCCUCCCCUCGGAGCCCGACCCAUCCCGUGAGACCCGACCCGGUCUGGAGCCGAUGCCCCCCCCGAGGCCCGGAGCCCGGCCUGUAAACAACAACAACAACAACGUGUACCAUGUGUACAGCCUCCACAGUGUGCAGCUCUACAGGCCGCCCCCUCGCGCCUCCUCCUCGCUGCACAAAUCAGGGACGCGGAAACAGCAACUCCUCCUGAAGAGCCUAAGUAAGGACUCCUCCUUCUCCUCCGUGGAAUCCCUCCCCGACCUCCUGCUGGGAGGAGGUGCCAUGUCUAACGAGAGUGAGAGCGGCAGGGGGAGCGGCCAGUCGGCGAGCAGCCGGCGGUCGGAGAGCGGAAUCGUGAGCGACACGGGAGACAAGGAGACGACCAUCAACUCUGAGCUCCAGAAGGAGGAGGAGGAGGAGAAGGAGGAGGAGGAGAAGGAGAAGGAGGAGGAGAAGGAGGAGGAGGAGGAGAAGAUAGAAACUGUGCCAGGGAAUCAUGUGACUCCACUCAACCUCACAAAGUGCAACCAAAGAACCAAGAAAGAGGAGAAAGGGAAGAGGAGGGAUGAGAGCAGGAGAAACAGAGAGGAGGAGAAAAGGAGGAGGCACAGGAGAGGAGGAGGCGAGGCCGUCGAGAUCCUUACUCCAGCCGACUCCGACUCUGACUUUGAGGUGGGCGGAGUCGGCGUCGACUCCUUCCCGGAGUUCGCAGAUGACCCGUUUGACAGUUUUGCGCCUCCUCCUGCUCUCCUCCUGUGCCAGGAGUCCAGCUCCUCCUUGGAGUCGCUCCUGGCUCUGGGCGGCGAGUUGUUCCCCUCCAAGGAGCAGCUGAACCGCAGCGCCUCCCUGGAGAGCGGCCUGGCCGCGUGUCGCGGUGCCGACGACGCCGGCGGCAGCCUGGCGAGCCUCGGGGGUCCGGAGGGGCGGAGCCUAGAGCUGGACCGAGGGGUACCGGGGGAGAACCACGGGGAGCUCAGCCGGAGAACCCUGGACCUCCUCAAGCGCCUGGAGGACAUCCAGAGUCCUCUGAUGGCGCCGAUGACCCGCAGCGUGUCGGACAUGACGCUCCGGAGCGGCGGCGCCGCGCCGCGCGGCCGCAUCCCCGCCUCGCCGUCUCUGGGCAGCCGUGGCCACGCCCCCUUCUGCGGGGCGCCGGGCCCCUCGCGGCGAGGACCGCCGUCGCUCGUCAACGAGGGCUCGGCGACGCCGUCGCUGACGGAGCUGAGCGGCGGCGAGGACUCGUCGCUCGGGUCCGAGGACUUCGCCGCGCUCCGCGACCGGCAGCGCCGCCUCCUCCCGGAUCACGCCGCCGCGGCCAACGCCAACUGCAGGAAGCGUUGCCACGGAGACAGGCGUGACGAGGCGGACGCGGCGAGCCUGAGCCUCCUGGUGAACGUCUCGUGCACGUCGGCGUGCACGGAUGAGGACGAGGACGACAGCGACCUCCUCUCCUCCUCCACGCUCACGCUCACCGAGGAGGAGCUCGGCGUGCGGGACGGGGAGGAGGAGGAGGAGGAGGAGGAGGAGGAGGAGCGGCUGAGUGGCGCCUCCUCCGGCAACGACGAUGACGAGGAGGACGAUGAAGAGGGGAUGGGGCUGGACUACAUGAAGAGGGAGCUGCAGAGCUGGAUCCGGUCUCCUCGCAACUCCUCCUCUAAAACGGAGGCGGUCCUCCGGGACGAGCUGCAGUGCGGGACCACCUUCACCUCCUCCUCCUCCUCCCUGCAGAACAAGGAGCAACUCUGCUUCCAAAACCGCAACCAGACACAAAGUGACCAGAAGGAGGAGCAGGAGGAGGAGGAGAACCGGAGGAACGCCACGAGGAGCUACAUCAGCCAGUUUGUGGACGACGUGGAGAACGGCAACGUGGAGCAGAGCGGCGUGAAGGAGAAGGACGAGGACGACGAGCUCCUCCGGGAGGAGGCGAGCGUGUUCGCCAAGAAAGGGGAGGUGCCGAGGGAGUCCUACGCGUUCGCCAAGGAGUCGGCUCACGACGUCGGCGACAAGCUCCUCCCCUUCCUGUCCAAAAGCGCCUCCUCUUUGGUGGGACAGCUGAGAGGGGAGCUGCCCUGCCACAGCUCCUCCUCCUCCUCCCUGCCCUCGCCGCCGUCCCUCUCGCCCGUCGAGGACUGCAGAUCCCAUGAUGCAUUGCGUGACAGAGGGGGCGGGGCCAGAAAGGCCAUCACCAGCCAGGAGAAGUUCAAGUUCUCCUCUUUUGUGACGGAGGAGACGAGGAGGGAGCUCAGAGGGAAGGACUCCUCCCUGCCUCCCAAAAAGAGGCAUGGUCCUCACCCCUCCUGCUGCGGCCUCCUCCCCCCCACCUCCUCCUCCUCCACCUCCUCCUCCCUCCAUCCACGCCGCGUGGACCAGAAGGAGAACGUGCACGACUUUGUGAAAGAGAUCAUGGACAUGACCUCCCUGGCCCUGAGGAGCAAAGAGGAGGCGCGACGCACCGAAAGCCCAGCGGCGCGGAUCAGAGACAAGGUCUUGGAACACUCCCACCGGCCUCUCCCCCUGCGUAAAGGAGACUUCUACUCCUACCUCUCUCUCUCCUCCCAUGACAGCGACUGCGGCGAGGUCAUCCAGUGCUCCGAGGACCGGAGUUCCUCCCCUGAGGCCACGCCCACCCGCGACGAGCUCCGCCCCCUGGGCUGGACGAGCCCGCCCCCCUCUCUGCCCCCGAGCCCCGACUUCCGGGACGAGGAGACCCUGUUUGCGGCGUGCACGGAGGAGGUGUACCUGGGCCCGCCUCUCUGCUACAGCAUGGCGCCCGCCAUGAAGAACUCCUCCUCCUCCUCCUCGGGCCCCGGCUACGACCUGGACCGCGGUUUCUCUUACUCGCCGUGUUCCCGGCCAGGUGAUAGUCUGGCCUACCUGUCUCCCUCGGAGGAGUUUGUGUUGCCCGGCGACCGGGGUCACCUGUACUUCCAAGCGUCCUCGCAGGAGAAGCACACCUCCUCCUCUCCUUUCCUGCAGCCCUGUUGCAGCUCUCUCUCCACCUCCUCGUCCUCUCCUCCUCUUCCCGUAUCCUCUGGCGGCGAGCGAGAGCGGCGAGGUGAGGCCCCGCCCCUCCUCCGCGAUGUCGCUGGAGGAGAAGCGGCGCCGCGGAAGGAGAUGAGUCGUAAUGAGGCGCCUCCUUAUCUUAAUCCCCGGGCGCGUGUCGACUCCUCCGCAGCCGAAUGUUUGGCAGAUACUGAAACGCUCAAAUCCAAUAUGGACGCCGUAAUGACCGAGAUAAGUGUCGGCGGCGCCGCCACCAAUCCCUCAAAAGAGCCGGCCGCCGCCACGCGCAUUAAUCCCAAAAUGAACUGCUCUGCGAUGAGGGAGGCAGAUAAGGAGGAGCGAAGGAGGAGAGGGGAGGAGGAGACCGGCGAGGGAGGUGCGGCUCGCAGCAAGAAGCAAAGGCCGCCGCCAGAAGUGCUCACUCCUCGGGGAGAGGCCCCGCCUCCCGGACCACGACGGCCCCCCGAAGGCCUCCUGCACCGGGACCAGGAGCCUCCAGGAUCCAGCUGUGAGGAGCUCCCUCCUCCUCCUCCGAUGAGGACUUUCAGGCUCUGAUUUUAAACUUGAAGCAGGUUUUAGGUUUCGGGAGGAAGGAGAAACGACAUAAAGGAGAAGAAAGCGAGGGAGCGACUCCCACCUCCUUUAUCUCACCAACCAAUCAGAGAGGGACACAAACUAACUUCAAAAACGUAUUUAUUCUGUAUUUCCGUGGCGAUGAGAGGAAGCUGAUGGUCAGACGGUCGCUCACAGGACUUCCUGCUUCAGCUGCAGUCUGAUUGUUGACCACUAGGGGGCAGACACGCUUAUCUGAGCUCAUCGUUAACGUUUAAGUCUUAAUCCGGAAACUUCUGUUCGUACACGGUCGUGUACUUGAGUUCUCGUGUACUACGCAUACUAGUGUACUCGUGUACUACGCAUACUUGAGUACUCGUGUACUACGCGUACCCUCACACAACGAGGUAUUUAUUGUUGAUUUCUGUGAACGCCGUCUUUUCAAAAUAAAGCUCGGUCUCUUCACAGGAUUUAAUAAUAAUAAUUAUUCUCGUGACAUUUCACCAGGAAACAAACGUCUGAUUCACUUUUUAUAUCUGAAGCUUUGAGAGAACAAACACAUUCUGAGAUUACAGAUUAUCUAUUGGAAGAGGGUUGGACUAGAUGAGAGGAUGAGGAGAUGAAAGAAAUGAGGGGAUGGGGAGAUGAAGGAAUGAGGAGAUGUAGGGAAUUAAGGGGAUGAGGAGAUUAGGGAGAUGGAGGAGAUGAAAGAGAUGAGGGGAUGAGAAUAUGUAGGGUAGGAGGAGAUGAGGGGAUGAAGGAAUGAGGGGAUGAGGAGACUGGAUGAGGGGAUGAGAAUAUGUAGGGUAGGAGGGAAUGAGGAGAUGAAGGAAUGAGGGGAUGCAGGGUAUGAGGAGUUUCCGUCUCAGAUAAUCAUAAAGAGAUUUUUUAAUCUAUGCAACACGACCAAAGUUGGCAAAUAAAAGCCGAAGCGUUGUUGUUGUUGUGUUGGGGGGGGGGGGGGGGUGGCCAUGGAUACCGCUGUGUGUACUACCACUGAACAUGUAUUGUUUUUUAUUUCAUCAUUUUAUAGACGAGGUGGAGACGAGAGAACUCAUAUAACUGUGUGCCUUGCUUCACUAACUAGACUUCCUCUUCUUCCUCCUCUUCCCCUUCUUCUUCCUCCUCUUCUUCUCCUUCUUCUUCCCCUUUUCUUCUCCUUAUUCUUCUUUCUCUUCUCUUUGUUCUUCUUCUUUCUCUUCUCUUUCUCCUUAUUCUUCUUCUUUUUCUUCUUUUUCCUCUUCUCUUUAAAGCACCGCAACAAAGCUGAACAUGAUAACUGUAAAUAUGUAAAAGGAGGAAUGCCGUGUGUUUGUUUGUUUUUGUUUACGUGACCCGUGACGUGGAAUCUGACCUUAUUAUCCAUAACGAGCUCGACUGCAUGGUUCCUGCUGAACACAAUGUAAACAACUGUUGACAAAUAAACAAAUAAACUUAAUUUAUUGGGACAUUU